AUGAUUGUGUCCCUUCUAUUGAGGUUGUCAACGCUCAAUGUCGAUGAUGAUGUUAUUGCAGAUAUGUUUUAUAUAUUUCAGGUCGUUGAUUUGCUAAAUGACCUAUACACAUGUUUCGAUGCAAUCAUAGAAAACUACGACGUAUACAAGGUUGAAACCAUCGGCGACACGUACAUGGUUGCCUCCGGACUUCCGGAACGCAACGGUAACGAGCAUGUGCGACAGAUUGCUCUGAUGUCACUGGAAAUAAUCCACAGUGUGUGCCAGUUUGUGAUUCGUCACCAACCUGAAGUACCGCUAAGGGCGCCUAUUGGAUUACAUUAUGGUCCUGUCUGCGCAGGCGUGGUAGGACGAAAGAUGCCAAGGUACUGUCUAUUUGGGGACACCGUGAACACUGCCAGUCGCAUGAAGUCCAGCGGCAAAGCCAUGAACAUACAUAUCAGUGAGGCACCUAUGGGCCUUUUGUCAUCGGCUUCCUUCACAAUAGAAGAGCGAGGAAUGAUCGAGGUCAAGGGAAAGGGGCGAAUGCGAACCUACUGGCAUGUGAACGAGCUUGAUACUCAGGGGAAGUAACAAAUGAGACAGGAAACCGAAACCACUUGCAACGGUUACGUCCCCUAGCUGUUAAUAGCUAUUUAUUUAUUUUUAAUAAGGUUGGUGUAACACCACCCAUACAUAAGUAUCGUUGUGCUGUUGUAAGUUAAUGGACUACACUGACAUUAAAAUAAAAGAAGAUAAAGGGAAAAUAUCACAAUUUCAAAACCUCAAAUUAUGACCUAAAGACUUAAACCGCAUAUCAUCACGUGGUUUCACGAUUGGAGCUCGUGCCGUUAGUUUCCAUGUAGCAGACUAGCUCCCAGCCUACCUUGAACAUAUACAGAACAUACAGGUUUCUGCACGAUCAUGCUGAAUAACGCUAUAACCCAUGCACGAUAACAGUAUGUUAGGUUUUGUCGUGAUAAUUG